CAUGCGCAUUUCUACUUGAGGGGGGGCUAAUUUUCCAAGCCGAAGAAGUUGUCGAAGAAGCAGAGGGAAAUUGUUGGCAACUCUUUGCCCCUGAUGGUUGCACCAUGUCGAGGCGCAAGCAAGCCAAACCGCAGCACAUCAACUCCGACGAGCCCGGUGCGUUGCAAAACGGGAUUCUUCAAGACGAUCAAGCCGAGGAGACUGGAAAUGAUGUCAAGAGGCUCAGAAUGGACGAGACCAAGGUCUGCAGCAAGUGUUGUGCCGAGUUCUUUGACGAAGCCGAAUUUCUCGAGCAUGAGAAAAAGUGCACUAAAAGUCAGCAAGUGGUCAUCAUGAAAGAUAGAGAUGGCAAUGCAGUGCCUGAGGAAUAUUCACAGGGCUCUCCUGACGGCCUUAUGAGUGACCAGGAUGAUAGCCAGUCCAGCAGUCAUUCGCUAUCAAAUGGCAAUACUGAUAACCUGGAAAGAACCGAGGAAGGGUCCAGCAUGAAUGCAGAGGACUCGGGACAGCAGGAACCGACGGAGAUGCCUGCGAGCCCUGAGAUGACAUUCCAUCCCUCACAGAAAAUGCAAGAUUCAAAUGUCACUCUUGAAACCAUCGCAGACACUAAAGUGGCCGUCUCCCAAAAUUAUUCAAACAAUAAGUCUCUGACCUCAUCGCAGGAAGCGAUACAGACCAUCCCGAUGAUCUUGGAACAGCUGGUGUGCCUCCAGCAACAGCAGCUACAGCAAAUCCAGCUCACAGAGCAGAUACGAAUCCAAGUAGCCAUGAUGACUCCACAAGGUUUCCAGUCGUCAGUAGGGGCAGUAAUGGACCCUCUGAAAGCCCUCGGUGCACAUCUCUCCCAACAGCUGUCUGCUGCAGCAGCUCUGAUAGGAAGGAGGACCGGCAGUCAGAGCCUUUCUAUGGAGACAAUGAAGCAAGGCAAACUACCUCUGCCCACGAGCAUCCCGACCUCUCUGCCUGGAGGACUGGGAUCUAUGGCCUCUAAAACAGACAUUUUCAAGGGUAUUCCAGAUCUGGCUAGCCGUUUACCAGCACAGCUGCCCCAGUCAUCAGGUGUCAUGGGUUUCACGAGCACCUUCAACGGCGUCCAAGCAGGGAUUGAGUCCUCCAAGAAAGUCAAGGCGAAGAUGCCAAACCCCCCACCAGAAAUAAAGAACGGCGAAUCGUUGUACAAGCACAAGUGCAAGUACUGCGGAAAGAGCUUUGGCAAUGACAGUGCUCUCCAGAUUCACUUGCGCUCUCACACCGGCGAGAGGCCCUUCAAGUGUAACAUUUGCGGGAACCGCUUUACAACCAAAGGAAACCUCAAAGUGCAUUUCCAGAGGCACAGGGACAAGUAUCCUUACAUCGGCAUGAACCCGCAUCCUGUGCCAGAGCACCUCGACAACAUCCCCACCAGCAGUGGCAUUCCCUUUGGCAUGUCCGUGCCCAUGGACGAGUCCAACAUGACCGACGCCGCGCCUAUGCCCGGUCCUCCUGCUGUUAGCUUCCACCCGUCGCCCUCGCCAGGAUUCAAGACAUUUGACAGCUUUGCAGGGGACCAGUUUCCCCAUAGACCCUCGCCGUCGACAAGUGAUGGCUCCCCAUCGGUUUCCUCUAAUGCGUUUGGCCAAGAGACCGGAGCAGAGCCCAAUCAGAAGGAUACUAAAGAACUGCUUGGAGCGCUGCAUCAUAUGAAUGGUAAUUCCCUCCUAGGAGAACAAAGCUCUGGAACCGCGAAACUUCAGCAGAUGGUGGACGGCCUGGAAAAGAGGACCAGUGACCCAAACGAGUGCGUUAUCUGCCACAGGGUGCUCAGCUGCCAGAGCUCGCUCAAAAUGCAUUACCGCACGCACACCGGCGAGAGGCCCUACAAGUGCAAAAUCUGUGGUCGCGCCUUCUCCACCAAGGGUAACCUCAAGGCCCAUUACGGAGUGCACAGGGCUAACACUCCCCUUAAAAUGCAGCACUCGUGUCCCAUCUGCCAGAAGAAGUUCACCAACGCCGUGGUUCUGCAGCAGCACAUUCGCAUGCACAUGGGUGGGCAGAUUCCCAACACGCCGAUGCCAGAAGGCCAGUUUGACGCAGCAGAAGCGAUGGAGUCCUCCCUGUCAGAGGAGAAGUCUAUGGAUAUCAAUGGUUUUGAGGCGAGCAUGGAGGAUCACGAGCCGGAGCCAAACUCCCAGAAGCCCGACGACCCUUCCGAUUUCCUCCCGCCCGCCUCCGAGGACCAACCGCCGAAGCACGCUGCCCCCGCCGUGUUUUCCAGUCUCGACGUUUUGAAGAAUCUCACCUCUGCUCUUGCACUGAAACGACAGAGUAGCACCGCUUCGGAAAGUGAGGCGACGUCCAAAGAAUCGGCUCCCAGAGAGCAGGAAUACCAGAAUGGCCGCAGCCCGGCAGUUUCGGACUCGGCCGUGUCGUUUCACUCCUCUUCCCCGCUAAACAACAACCACAACAUGAGUAGUAGCAAGUCUCCAGAGUCCGCUGCGAAUGAAUUCGCCCACCGUGUGCCUCAGCCAGAGUGCGACGGCGCCGCCCAAGGUGGCACGGAGUCGAGCGGAGCCCUCGACCUCACAGCUUCCAGCAGCUUCAUUCCCAAAGCGAUCAAAGAAGAGCCCGGCAUGCCAGAAUAUGUUCCUGGUAACAUGUCUUUCAUGAGGAUACCAUCGAGUCUGGCAAGCCUGGAGAUGAAGCUACCUCCAGAGAAUCCUUUGGGCGCCCACGGUUUGUUCAGCUCCCAUAUGCCUCAGGGAACAGCCAUGACCUCGUCCAUCUCCUCCGCACCGCGACGAUCAACCAAACAGCACGUGUGUUACACGUGUGGCAAGAACUUCUCAUCUGCCAGCGCCUUGCAGAUCCACGAGCGCACUCACACCGGGGAGAAGCCAUUUGGCUGCAACAUCUGCGGCCGGGCUUUCACCACCAAAGGCAAUCUAAAGGUGCACAUCGGCACUCACAUGUGGAACAACACGUCCCGGCGCGGCCAGCGUCUGUCUCUGGAUAAUCCCAUGGCUCUGAUGGCCAUGGGCCCCGAGGCGAAGAUGUUGCCAGAAUAUUUGCAGGCCCCCAAAGAAGUGGGCGUUCCCCCGAUGAACUUUGACCAGUCUGUAUGGAACCAGUACGCUGCCGCCUUCAGCGGGGGCCUGACCAUGAAGACCAAUGAAAUUUCUGUCAUCCAGGGCGGUGGCAUCCCACUCCCCGGGAGCCCUGCCGGCGGGCCUCUGAUUGGCUCCACCGGAGGCCUGGUGAAGAUGGACGGCUCCCACGCCGGUUUGCCCGCCGCCAUGGCCGAAAUGGAAAAGAACGGCUCCGACAGCGUACCAAAAGCUCAGUUCCCGCAUUUCAUGGAAGAGGGUAAAAUUGCAGUUAACUCUGCUUUUUAGCCUUCAGUCAAUUCACCACCUGAACUCCAGUUUUUGAAUGUCUCCCUUUUUUUUUUUUUUUUUUUUGAACGAGGUACAAUCAAUAUUCCGAAAAAAAAAACCACCUUGUUGAAUCUGCUUAGGUUGGUUGACUUUUCCAGUUACUUCAUUGCAGCUCUCUCCCCCUCCCCAGAUCUGAAAGAUUCUCAAGUGUUAUUUUUUUUUUUAGUUGAACUUGAUAUAACUACUGUAGUUUUUAUUUCAUAUAAAUAUAUAUAUAUAUGCGGGUAUUUUUUUUGUGACUUGUUUUGCUGUCUAUCCAGAAGUUUGAAUGUAUACCUUACUUGAAAACCGCUUUAACUCGGACUGUCUCCUUGAUACUUUUUUGAAGGAUCGUGAACUUUACUAAGAAGUUUCGGGGCAUGACUUUUUAAGGACACCGUGUCUCAGUGUUCAGAAAUGAUGGUGUAGUUAACUGCAUGUAUCUAGAAUGACUACUUUCCCUCUCGCGUGUGUGUGUGUGUGUGUGCCAUAGGUUUUAUGACCUUGUACAUUUUUUGUAGUGGUAAAUGUCAAUAGCAUAUCUCAUUUUGAAGGGGUCUUUGAUCAGACUGGCAGAUUAUUCCAGUGUCUUGUCCGUUACGUCAUAGCACAACAGUCCAGUCGUUGGUUUCGGAUAAUGUAGUUUACAGAACGGGCUUUUUAUCGCGGUUGCAUCGGUGCUAAGGUACAGUAGGUAAAUGAUUUGAAACCAUUUUGCCAAGUGCCUGACCUGAAUUGUACAAUGUUGCUGUUGUCUUUCGCUGCACCAUAAGGUUGUUACGAAGGCUCUGUUAGACUGAUAAAUUAGUGUGUUGUAGCAUAUUAUUUCAUAUUUUUCAUCAGUUUACAAAAAAAUCAAUUUUCCUCCCCCCAACAUAUUCCACUUGUCAAUCUGCAUUGUCAAAUUUAGUUGGCUGAGCUCUGAAAGCUAUGCUAUGCUUAAUGUUCUCAUGCCUGCACUUUAUUUCAGGUUUUAGUUACAUUUACAUUUUUAUUUUUUUUUAUAGUAAUAUUUCACUGCUUUUAUUGUGAUGGCUGAACGGGGGAAAGGGCACAUCAACAAUUUUGUAACUUUUUCGUUCCUGUCAGAUUUUAUGUGACGCAACCAUUUAGAGUAAUUGUCAGACUUUUCUUGGUUAUCGUAUCGACUUGUAGCAUGAUUAAUUUAUUUAUAAUUCACCAAAUGCUUGAGGUUAGGGGGUAAGUUCUACCUCGUUUUAGAUUUUAGUUGUCCUUCACUCCCCCUCUACUUUCAACACAAUGUUCUGUACAUUUUCCGAUUACAUUCUUUGAGCAUACGAUAAAAGAUUUUCUUUCUCAACCUGCUGAGUUGAACAGUAAUGACUGUAUCACUGGACACUUUACGCAACUCCGAAUGGUCCGCGUACUUUGUAGGCCCCUGCUGUACAUUCCUUAUCGAUAUGCAUUUGCCAAGUUGUGCCUUUAUUUAGCAAACCAUGUAAAACUGCUUUCAAGUUCACUACAAUUCAAGUGAUGUUGAGCCGAUUUGGCCUGUUUACAAUGUAAAUGUUUUGUUUUUCAAAAUGUUUCCUACACCUAAAUAUUUUCUGAUUUUUGAAAAAUAAA